GAGACUCCACCAACAUGCAGCAGCAAGAACCUCAUACACACACACACACACACACACACACGCAUACACACAUGCAUGUUCACAGACACACUCACACACACACACACUCGCUCACACACACUCACACACCUGCACUUUUAUAUCAUUGUUCUAUUUGCUCUUCACCUUCACCUGGAAUCGUCCUACAGAAUUAUUUGUGUGAAAGUGAGGUUACGGACUGGAGGCGGAGCCACAAGGAGAAAAACUCACACCUGUGGAGAGAGUGUAGCGCCGGGUCGCCUCCCAUUCUCAUUCAACAUGCCUUCAGGGAGUGAAGCUGGGUGAGGAGCUGUUUAAAAUAGGAUCAUCUCUGAGAGCCCGGGACUGGAGCAUCUGAUAUACUGGUUCUGUUACACCAGGUCUGUUACAUCGGGUCUAGUACAUUGGGUCUGUUACACCGAAUCUGGAUCUCAGUGCCUGGAGAACCACAUCUGGAGACCCGCAUCUGGAAAACAACAUCUGGAGAACCACAUCUGGAACGUGUUUUUUUAAACAGCAUGGCGUCCCCAAAAUCCAUCUCCAUCUCGAACCCUCCUCCAUCUAAACUGCGCCGGACCAAGAGCAAGAAGAAACACUUCGUCCAUCAGAAGGUGGAGGUGUUCAGGGCCAGCGAUCCUGUGCUGAGUGUCUUCACGUGGGGCAUCAACCACACGGUCAGUGACAUGCUUCAUCUUCCUGCUCCGGUCAUGCUGCUGCCUGAUGACUUUAAAGCCAACAGCAAGAUCAAAGUCAACUACCACCUCUUCAACAAAGAAAAUCUCCCUGGACACUUUAAGUUUAAGGAGUACUGCCCGCAGGUUUUCCGUAACCUCCGAGAGAGAUUCGGGAUCGAGGACCAGGACUAUCAGAUGUCUUUAGUGCGCAGUUCUCCGCUGAAGGACAGCGAGGCUCAGGACGACCUCCUGCUCUCCUCAUACGACCGGCUGUUUAUUAUUAAACAGAUUUCCAGUGAGGACGUGGAGGACAUGCACAACAUCCUGUCUGAUUAUCACCAGCACAUUGUGAAGAGUCACGGCGUCACGCUCCUCCCUCAGUUCCUCGGCAUGUACCGCGUUACCGUCAACAACGAGGACACGUACUUCAUCAUCAUGAGGAACAUGUUCAGUCACCGGCUGACCAUCCACACAAAAUACGACCUGAAGGGCUCCUUGGUGUCUCGUGAAGCGAGUGAUAAAGAGAAGGAGAAAGAUCUGCCCACCUUCAAGGACAUGGACUUCAGGAACAACAUGCAAAGGAUUUACAUCAGCGAUGAGGAGAAGGAGAAGCUCAUGGAGAAGCUGAACCGUGACGUGGAUUUUCUUGUGAGGUUAAAACUCAUGGACUACAGUCUGUUGUUGGGGAUUCAUGAUAUGGACAGAGGAGAGCGAGAGGAUGAGGAUGAGGAUGAAGACUCAGCAUGUGAGGAGGAGGACGAGCAGGAAAACGGCAUGUCCAUGUUAGCAUCAGCGUCUCCCAGCACGUCACCCGAGGGCGGGGCCGGUCCAGUUACCUCCCGGAAAACCACCACUCCGGCAGAGUUUGAUCCACGUGUAGAUGUUUAUGGGAUCCAAAGUGCAUCUGCAGCUCCACAGAGAGAAGUUUACUUCAUGGGGCUCAUAAACAUCCUGACUCAUUACGACACCAAGAAAAAAGCAGCACACGCUGCGAAGACCGUCAAGCAUGGAUCGGGGGCGGAGAUAUCUACAGUCCAUCCUGAGCAGUAUGGCAAGAGAUUCCUGGAGUUCAUCGCCAACAUCUUCACUCACUGAGUUCAUUUUUUCAUGGGGAGAGGAGGGGGGGUGCAGUUGAAGUCUGUGACUCAGCAGUUCCAGCACUGGGAAUUAAACUCACACCGUUCUGCUCUCUAAAACUAAACACUACAGCUUUCUCAAAAUAAAAAAAAAUCUAAAUUCUGUUCUCUGUUUUAAUUUAAUCACUUUAUAAUUUAAUGUGAAUUAAUAUAAGAUUAUUAAAAAAA